GUUGACCUCGUACUUUUCGGCUUCUACCAGUUUACUCGGUUUCCAACCGCUUUUCCGUUCCAGGAUGCCGAAGUCUGGCAGGAGAAGAGAACAUAUGGCGUCUGUUACAGAUCUAGAGCUGUCGUAGCUUGAAUAAGCACAGAAUGGGCCAAGGAAAAGUCCGAAAUCGAAUGAACGGAAGCCACAUCUCCGCUUCCUCGAAUUCCCGCGAGCUGUCAGCACCGCUCACAACUUGCCUCUGCACAUCAUGGACGCCCCGACAAUUUCCACGCUCCGUGAGGAGCAGACGCCUCCGCCCCCAACCCCGUCGUCAGGAGCGUCGCGCGGGGGUCCCACCCGCAUUAGGCUGCUCAUGAAGGACGAGGGCGCACCCGAAGUGAAAAAGGAACAGGGCAGCGACGUGGAGGACGAAGAGGAGGACCAAAUGAUAGAUGAACUUGCGGACGACGACGAGCCCAUGGCACCCGUUCCGGCGGCGGCGUCUGCUUCGGCCAAGCGCAAGGCGCCAGCCAAACCUAAGGCGCCACGGAAGGAUACUAGCAAGGAAAAGAUUGUCAUUCCGCCAGUUCCUCAACCUAUCGAACCUCCUGUCGUUCAGACCCCUCCAGUGGAAGUCCCUCCCCCAAUUCCCAUGCACGAGUCCCCACCCAAAACUGUCCCCGCCAAACGCAAGCCUGCUGCCAAGAAGCCGGCUGCAGCGAAUGGGAAGACCAAGGCAAAGCGAGCCAGGACGUCCAAAGCGGCUUCGCACAGAGGAGACGACACAGACCGCGCAAGCGAAGCUGGGUAUACCGCAACCGCCGCCUCCUCUCCCGGGAACACCAUGUACUCUGGCCACACUCCCGAACCCGACUAUGUCCCCACGCUGAGCCACCCCCACACCAUGUCCGCGCCGCCUCAGCCGAUACCCCACCAGCAUCCGAUCCACCCGCCAGUACCACCCGAGACCGUCGAACCUUUGGGCCCCAUACCCAUAUAUCCACUCCCUACCAAGCCGUUCCCCGUCAUGCCCCCGCCAAAGAUGGGCUCUGGCUUCGCGCCCGUCAUUCCUCUGGACAAGACGUCACGCAAGGUGCGCCACUGGCGUAUCGCUCAACGCGAGAUCAAAGGCAUUGCGGGAGGGCGCUGGUUCGCACGAGCUUGGACCGGCGAGAAGCGAUCCGAGCUCGCAGACAAGCCCGCGCCAGCUGCAGGCUCUGCGUCCGUAUCUGCAGCGCAGACUCGCGCCGGGUCUCAGGCGCGCGGAGCUGGGGCCUCGCUGUCGCGUUCUAGCACCAGCGCGUCUGCGCCACUUCCCAUGCCUAUGCCUAUGCACCUUCCCGUGCCCGGGUUCAUGGCGACAAUCCCCGCGACCUCGUUGGCUGCAUCGGUGUCUACGUCUGUCUCGCGCUCGUCGUCGGCAGUUCCCGAGGGCUCUGCAUCGACGUCUACGGCGCUGACCAUGACACGGCAGCCGUCGAAGAUGCGUAUCGCGCAGAUGGCGCCUGGGUCGGAGCGGAGCCCCUCUUCGUCGGUGCCUCCCCCGGAUCAAGAUGCGGAGAUGACUGCAGCGUAAAUGCCGAAUAUGUCUUCUCGUCGCUCUCCCACACAUCCUGCACUCUUUCACCGAAAUUCAACUUGCCGUCCCUUCCUUUGCUUCCGGUCAACCACUUACUUUGUGCGCCAUACAAGGUCCGAGAUGCGCCAGUACGGUCUCUCCCUUCUCUCAUGUACCACUGGGACAUAUACCGACGUUUGUAUGCGCUUCCGUAGCUGAUCUAUACGAACCCAUGUUGUCUUGUCUGUCA